AUGAGACAGGAGGAUCAUGCUGGGCUGAUGCAGCAGGAGGGCAGCAGAGACCUGCAGCACAUCCUGAGCCAGGAAAGUGCUCUGAAGGCCUGGGGGGACCAGGAAGCUGCAACUGAAGUCAGUAUGGCCUCAGGAAAGACCCCAACCCCAGAUCUGCUGAAGGCUGAGGAGCAGCAGACUGCGAGCGCUGUCAAUCGAGUCACCAGCCUGCCCUUGCUCAGCUCUGCCUUCAACCUGGUCUCCUCUGCCUACACUCACACCAAGGAGUCCCACCCGUGCCUCGGGGGUGUCUGCAGCGUGGCUGAGACCGUGGCUGCCGUGGCCGUGGGCAGUGUGGUCGGGGGAGCCCAGCCCAUCCUGAGCCAGCUCGAGCCACAGAUUGCCCUUGUGAAUGAAUAUGCCUGUAAAGGUCUGGAUCAGCUGGAGGAGAGCUUGCCCUUCCUGCAGCAGCCAGCAGACAAGGUAAUCUCAGACACCAAGCAGCUGGUGUCCACCAAGGUGACAUCUGCCAUGGACGCUGCCUGCGAGGCCAAGGACGCGGUGGCUGAUAAAGUCACUGAAGCUGUGGACCUCACUAAAAAUGUUGUUGGGGACAGCGUGAAGCUGACCAGGUCUGUGGUCACCUCCACUGUCAACAGUGCUGUGGAGGCUGCCCAGGGUGCCAAGGAGCUGGUGACCAACAAGGUGACAGAGGCAGUGGAUGUCACCAAGCACAUGGUGGAGGACAGCGUUGACAGGACCAAGUCUGCUGUUGCCUCCACAAUUGUCAACGCUGUGGAGGCUGCUCAAGGGGCCAAGGAGCUGGUGACCAACAAGGUGACAGAGGCUGUGGACCUCGGUAAGCACCUUGUGGAGGACAGUGUAGACAGGACCAAGGCUGCUGUGACUUCCACCAUCACUGCAGCUGUGGGGGCUGCCCAGGGAGCCAAGGACCUGGUGGCCAACAAGGUGACAGAUGCUGUGGACAAGGUCACCAAAGCUGUGGAUGGAGCCAAGGAGCUGGUGACCCACAAGGUGACUGAAGCAGUGGACCUGACCAAAGGGGCUGUUCAGGACAGUGUUGAGAAGACCAAAUCUGUGGUCACCUCUACAGUCAGUACAGCAGUGAGCCAGGCAGUGGCUGGAGGUGUGGAAUCUGUCCUGGGAAUGUCGGAAGAUCUGGUGGAUCAUUACCUCCCGAUGACCGAGGAGGAGCUAGGUAAACUGGCCACCACGGUGCAGGGCUUUGGCGUGGCCUCCGUGGAGGAGCAGAAGAGGCAGCAGAGUUACUUUGUGCGCCUGGGCUCGCUGUCGGGUAGGCUCCGGCACCGAGCCUACCAGCACUCCCUGGCCAAGCUGCAGGGCUUCAGGCAGCGCACCCAGGACACCCUGGCACGGCUGCAGCUGGCAAUAAAACUGAUAGAAUCUGUGAAACGGGAGGUUGGCCAGAAGCUGCUGGAGGGGCAGGAGAAGCUCCAUCAGCUGUGGGUGGACUGGAGCCUGACCCAGCCCAAAGGAAACCAAGUGAGGACUGCGUGCCAGCCAGAGCAGGUGGAGCCGCGCACUCUGGCCAUGCUCAGGAUCAUCACCCAGCAGCUCCAGCCCGCCUACGAGAGCCUCCGGCUCAGCACACACGGGCUCCCAAGCAGCGUCCAGGAAGCCGUGUCUCGGGCCACUCGACACAUCCACAAGCUCCACAGCUCUUUCUCCAGGGCCGUGUCCUUCCAGGACCUCUCCAGAACCACGCUGGCCCGCAGCCGGGACCGUGUGGCAGAGGCCCGGAGGUCCCUCGAUGUCCUCUUGGACUUUGUCACUCACAACACCCCUCUGAACUGGAUUGUGGGGCCCUUCAGGGCCAUGGCCAAGGGGACACAGGUUGGCAGAACUCACGAGAAAAAAGAGAUGAGGAGUGAUAGAAAAUUACCCGGGCUGGAAAAGGCUCCGCUAUCACAGGAGGUGACAAAGGCACCUGAAGAGCCAAAGGGAACCAACAGGCUCUCAGAAAAAUGGUGUGAGGUGCUAGAGAAGCUGGAGGAGAAGGUGGGGAAGCCAGAGAAGGCAAGGAAGGAUGCAGAGGUGGCCCUGGCUGCAAAGGAGAUAAAAACCCGUGUACCAGAGGAAGAUCUCUGA